AUGUCCAUCUCCAGCACCUCGCCUCCAUAUCCCCUCCACCCUUCCGUCAAAGACCUUUUAGAUCCUGAGUACGUCGCAUUCUACAACGCCCACGUCAUCGACAAGCAACAAGUCCAUCUUCAGCCCGUUGAGACCUCGCGCACAAGCGGUAUUUUGAUUCCGGGUGGCGGACCACUUGUAGAUGUUGGCAAGACAGUCGAUAUCACCAUCAAGCGACGCGCUACUGAGGGGCCGGAGAUAUUGCUGCGGGCAUUCACGCCGAUUGGGGAGGCGCCCGAGGGAGGAUGGCCCGUAAUGUUGUACUUCCACGGAGGCGGCUGGGUGCUAGGAAACAUUGACACGGAGAAUGUGGUCUGCACGAACUUGUGUAGUAGGGGAGGAUGCGUGGUCGUUACAGUUGAUUAUCGUCUCGCACCGGAAAACCCCUGGCCAGCGGCGGUGCAUGAUUGCUGGGAAUCCUUUUUGUGGCUGCUAUCGGACGGACCGGCAAACCUAAAUAUCAACAUCAGCAAAAUUGCAACGGGGGGUUCAUCAGCAGGCGGAAACCUAGCUGCGAUCAUCACUCACAAGGCGUUAACGUUAUCACCUCCGGUCAGGUUCCUUGCGCAGCUGCUCUCCGUGCCAGUCAUGGACAACACAGCAACAGUCUCAAAUAAUGAAUCCUACCGACGGUAUGAGUUUGUGCCAGCUUUGCCGGCCGCGAAGAUGCUAUGGUACCGCAACCACUACCUACCCAAUGAGAAAGACUGGUCACACCCUGAGGCAAGUCCGCUAUUCUACACAGGUGAUUGGUCGGCGCUGCCCCGGGCGCUGAUCAUGGUAGGUGAGCUGGACGUAUUACGGAGCGAGGGAGAGCAGUAUGCGGAGAAGUUGAAGCAGGCUGAGGUUGAAGUCGAUUUGCAGGUGAUGAAGGGCAUGCCACAUCCGUUUCUGGCCAUGGAUGGUGUCCUGAAGGAGGGAAAGCGGUCAAUAACGCUGAUGUGUGACCUGCUGAAAGAAGUCUUCUCCAGUUAG